GGCGUCUGGGAAGAAAACUUUCACAUUAAGAGUUGCUGAUGCGGAUUUUCUUUCUUUCCCCCUCUCGGCGUUGAUGAGUGCCUGGCUCGUGACAGAAGCGAUUUGGCUCUCGGCUUUGUAGUUCCGAAGAAGUUGGGUCUGUAGAUUUUCCCCUAACUCUCCACUGAUGUGUUGAGCUUCAGAGGGAAUAAUACCUUCACGUAAAGCAUGUUGCCUUCUCAAGGAGUACUCCUGCAUCCCUAUGGCGUGCCUAUGAUUGUUCCUGCAGCCCCCUACUUUCCCGGACUGAUUCAGGGUAAUCAGGAAGCAGCAGCUGCCCCGGACACCAUGGCUCAGCCUUACGCUUCGGCCCAGUUUGCUCCCCCCCAGAACGGCAUCCCCGCGGAAUACACGGCCCCUCAUCCCCACCCCGCACCAGAGUACACGGGCCAGACCACCGUCCCGGAGCACACGUUAAACCUGUAUCCUCCCGCCCAGACGCACUCCGAGCAGAGCGCAGCGGACACGAGCGCGCAGACCGUGUCCGGCACCGCCACACAGACAGAUGACGCAGCACCGACGGAUGGCCAGCCCCAGACACAGCCUUCUGAAAACUCAGAAAACAAGUCCCAGCCCAAACGGCUGCAUGUCUCCAACAUCCCCUUCCGGUUCCGAGAUCCGGACCUCCGACAGAUGUUUGGCCAAUUUGGUAAAAUCUUAGAUGUUGAAAUUAUUUUUAAUGAGCGAGGCUCAAAGGGAUUUGGUUUCGUAACUUUCGAAAAUAGUGCCGAUGCGGACAGGGCGAGGGAGAAAUUACACGGCACCGUGGUAGAGGGCCGUAAAAUCGAGGUAAAUAAUGCCACAGCACGUGUAAUGACAAAUAAAAAGACUGUCAACCCUUAUACAAAUGGCUGGAAAUUGAAUCCAGUUGUGGGUGCGGUCUACAGCCCCGAAUUCUAUGCAGGUACGGUGCUGUUGUGCCAGGCAAACCAGGAGGGAUCUUCCAUGUACAGUGCCCCCAGUUCACUUGUAUAUACUUCCGCAAUGCCCGGCUUCCCGUAUCCAGCCGCCACCGCCGCGGCCGCCUACCGAGGGGCGCACCUGCGAGGCCGCGGCCGCACCGUGUACAACACCUUCCGGGCCGCGGCGCCCCCGCCCCCGAUCCCGGCCUACGGCGGAGUAGUGUAUCAAGAGCCUGUGUAUGGCAAUAAAUUGCUGCAGGGUGGUUACGCUGCAUACCGCUACGCCCAGCCUACCCCUGCCACUGCCGCUGCCUACAGUGACAGAAAUCAGUUCGUCUUCGUUGCAGCAGAUGAAAUUUCUUGUAACACCUCUGCAGUUACGGACGAGUUUAUGCUGCCGACCCCUACCACCACACACUUGCUCCAGCCCCCACCUACAGCGUUGGUGCCAUGCCCCAAGGUUCCAGCCCCAGCACAGACUUCAGAGGAGCUAAGCUGCACACUUCCAGACCUCUGCUGUCAGGCAGCUGAGAAUCUGACUGCCUCUCCUCCCCUAUUACAAUUCAUGUUUAAAGUCAUAGUCGCCCAGGAAAGAAAAUAGAGAGAGGGGCACACUUUGUGUGUGUGCCUAGUACAUAAGGAAUUAGAAGGAAUCAGCUGGGUUUGGGAAUUGUCUUUUGUU